UUCGGCAGGAUCGAUGGAGUUGUGGUCAACCAUGGUGUCCUCUCGCCCAUGGCCCGCAUUGCAGAUGCUUCGCUUGAAGAGUGGAAGCAGCUCUACGACGCCAACUUCUUUAGUGCACUUGCCCUUGUAAAGCACACGAUUCCGCACCUGCGUGCUGCCAAGGGUCGCGUCAUCUUCACCUCGUCGGGUGCGGCAACGAAGGCCUAUACCUCCUGGGGGGCAUAUGGAUCCUCAAAGGCUGCCCUGAACUCACUCUCUCAGCACAUUGCUGUCGAGGAGCCGGACAUCACGGCGGUUGCGGUCAGCCCGGGUCGAGUUGAUACCGACAUGCAAAAGGAGAUCCGGGAGAAAGGGACGGCCAUGUUGAAGAAGGACUACGAGGAUUUCAAGGCGGCUUUUGAGGAAGGCAAGCUGGUUAGACCUGAGCAGUCCGGAGGCGUCAUUGCCAGGCUCUCCGUCGACGCUAAACCGGGGCUUUCUGGAAAAUACUUCAAGUGGGAUGCGCCUGAGCUGGCAGAGUACCGCCAGUGAGGUUAGAUAGAGUAGUCAUCUACUUGAUGGUUAGCGGUGAACCAUAUGAAAUAACCAUAACGAAGUGAGCAGCAGGUUCGCAAUCAGAUACAAAAAGAAGGCUUUAUAGUUCUCCACAGAUGAAAUUUCAGUAUUAGCAUGGAAU